CGAUAAUGAUUAUACCUACAACUAUAAAAACAUGUGGUACAUCCAAUGUUUAUUCAGUUCUCGGUGAACAGACUUUAAGAAUAUACAGUCUUCAAGAUUGAUAAAUUCAAAAAUGAAGACGAUUAUUUUUAUCUUUGCUUUUUGUCUCGUUGGUAUUCUGGCAGUUUCGGAAGAAUCAAUAACUAAGCUACGUAAAAUAGAGUCAGUUUGUGUCGAAGAAAAUGGUAUUGACCUACAGAAAGCAGACGACGUUAAGAAGGGUAUUUUUGAUAAAAAUGAUGAAAAAUUGGCUUGUUACGUUGAUUGCAUGCUGAAGAAAGUCGGAUUUGUUAACGCAGACACAACUUUCAACGAAGAAAAAUUCAGAGAAAGAACAACAAAAUUAGACAGUGAACAGGUCAAUCGAUUAGUCAACAAUUGUAAAGAUAUCACUGAAUCCAAUUCGUGUAAGAAAUCUAGUAAAUUACUGCAGUGUUUCAUAGACAACAAUCUGAUGAAGAUAUUUGAAUAAUAGUUUAAUUAAUAAUUCAUGUGCUGCCAAUUUUAAUAAACAAACAUUUGAAAACUUAAAUUAAUAAAAUAUUAUUAAUAUGAUUAUUAUA